AUGCCUCUCAUGACCAACCCCAAUCGGCGGCAACGGAGUCGUAUGCCACGGCUCCGUCGUCGGUCGUUGCCUCGGCUGAGGAUGGGCAACCAGCAUCCACAGCCACAACAACCUCAACAUCACGACUGUGAGGAUCACGAAGAAACGGUUGCCAAGGACCUUCACCUUGAUAAUCCAGCAAAGAGUCCGACAAAGAAUCGAGUGAAACGUCGAUCAUACUCAUUGCCAAGAAGGUUAAUACGUGCAAAGCAGCAGGACGCUGAAGAUGUCGAUAUUCGGCAAGAGAGUAACGAGACUAUCAACACCUGGCUGGAAUCAUCUUCUGAUUCUGUGGAAGUUAUGAUAGCACGGGAGCCCAAAGUUUCCUUUGGUGAUAAUCUUGUCGAAAAGACGUUUGAAUCUCUGUAUGACAGCCAAGAGGAGUUUGAAUACGAUCCAACUCAACUUUGGUAUCAGGAACCGGAUUACACUCGUUUCAAAAAGGAUCGCAUCUUGACUUCCUUUGAUUACCAAGCCUCUGUCCAAGGCAAGACCAAUUUCAAUUACGAGGACCAUUCCAUUCGAGGAUUGGAAACGAUGAUUCAUCCACGGUAUUCCAAACGCGUCAACUUGGAAAAAAUGGACCUUUGGAAGGCUCUUCAAAAGGAAGAAGCCCACCAAAAGCAAACGGACAAAUUUCCCAAUUUGGAACGAUUCAAGGUGGUAAGUCACCGUCAUACCAAGGAUGCCCAAAAUCGGGCCCACUCACUUGGAGCGGAAGAUGCCAAGGAUGUUCAACAAGGCAAAGGUGGUAAUGGUACUAGUGGCAAGUCUUGGAUUUCUCGGAAACUGGCGUUUGGAGCACCAGUGGAACGAGGAGUCCAGCGUCACCGAUCCAUGGAUUCCGAACUGUAA